GCCACAACAACAGCAACGCAAAGGGCAAAUCCAGUUCAGCACCUUAAGAAAGUUUGGCUUGCGGAGGUCCGGCCCAACUCCCGACUACAGGGUGUGCCAGGAGGCGAACUGUGCCACUUGCACCAGUCGCCACGUGCAUCCUUGGCUCCACAAGGACACCCCGGUGGCUUCACCUCACGGACGGCUGAACUUGAUCCUGUUGUUUCUCAGCCUCCCGGGACAUCCGGCGCGGACCUCAGCCCUAAAACGGAAAGCGAAACCUAAGGAGAAUUCCGUGCGGGCGCAAAGAGAGAAAACUUCCACCCUUCUCCGGAGUGGCACAUCCGACGGGCGGAGCUCUUUGACGGGCGAAAGGAACGCCCCGUUGCAAGACGCCGACGCAGAGAGAGACGGCAGAAAGGGUCGUCGUUGUCGUCACUUCGGCGCAGCUGCUCCCAAGCCGAGGAGGAGGGAAACGAUGGCCUUCUUCUGGAGUUUCCUCUGGAGCCUUUGCGUCCUUGUGGGUCUCCUGCUGCCGCCCGGCGUUUCCUCUGAAGACUGUGAGGCUUACCGAGAUCCUGAUGGAGAUUGGCAUUCACAGCAGACUUGCUCAAAAUUUUGUUGUGGGACCUGUACUAAUCGUUACUGUUGCUCAGACCUCUUUGACAAAAAUUACCAGAUUCUCUGUCCCUGGAAAAGUACACUUCCAUCUUUCAAGCCUGAACCAUUCAAGAUAGACCCAGAUUUUGAUGAUCUAUAUACGACUGAUUACAGUGGGACGUUUAUAGCAAUUGGCAUUUCAAUUUUCGUCGUGUUUGUAGUAGGCAUCAUUCUCUGCUUCACCUGCUCGUGUUGCUGCCUGUAUAAAGCCUGCCGAAGGAGACCGCAGCCUGUUGUGACCACAGCCACAACUGUGGUACAGAUGCCUUACCCUCAGCAGCCUGGGGUACCAGUUGCUUAUGCUGGAGGACCAUACCAAGGAUACAAUCCACUGCCGGUACAGCCGCAGCCUGGAAUGCCAGCAGCACCCUACCCAACCCAGUACCCUCCACCCUAUCCUACGCAACCUAUGAGGCCACCGCCAUACCAGGAAACAGUGCCAGUUGGUGCCUCAGCUCCAGCUCAACCCCCUUAUAAUCCAGCAUAUAUGGAUCCUCCAAAGGCUUCCUAUUAAAUUGACUUUUGCUGUUGUGUAUCUGCCUGGAAGCCUCUUCAAAUUGCCUUUUUCACAUGGAGUUCUUUCUGAAGAUGAUAUUCUGAUAACUGUGGGUCACAGUUUAGACAACUUUAUUUACAGCGCAUUGAGAAGUGCAAGUAAUUCAAGCAAUUAAAAGAUGAUUUUUUUGGGGGGGGGAAGGGGGAACUAAGAAAGAACUUAAAAAGUAAGCAUCAGGAAUAUAAAUUGGACUAAACAGGGACAGUCAUUUGAGGGAUUAUUUUGGCAUUAUUUCAUCAAAAUCAAUUUAAAAUGGGCUAAUCUCUUCCCAGCUUAGUAUGGAAGAAUAGCAUCUGCUGUGAAACAGACUAUGUUUUCUAAGUAAUAAGGAAAUAGCUCUUUAGCAAGAAAUGGGGCAUGUUGGUCAAUAAUCCCCUUGUUUUUGUUCAUUACGCAACAGUUCCAUAGUCUUUCAGUAUCACAGUGCAAAUUUUUGAAUUUCAUUGGAGUUUCGUCACUAUAUUAUAUAUAAAUAGUGUGUGUAUAUAUAUAUACAUACAU